AUGACCGCAUUGGCGAAGCGCAAGUGGACCGAACCCGACUGGGACGUGGCCAUGGCGGCCCACAGCUUCGUGGCUGUGCUGGCCUCGCGCCCCGACCAAGAGCGGGCGGGCGAGCGCCUACCAAAGAAGACGCCGACAAACGCGAGGGCGACGAAGCCGCGGCACGCGCAGACGGACGACGACGGGACGUUGGAAGCGACGAAGGACGUGGCCACGUGCACGUUCUGGCUGGCACAACUGCAGGACGACGUGACAGAGGACAUGUUGGCCGCCCACGACGAGACGAGUGUCCGCGUCACGUGGCUUCAGCACACCGCCCAGCGUCGCUACGUGGUCACCUACGACGACUGCGUGGACGUUGCCAGUAUCUUGUGCCAGGUGCGUCUGUGCGAGCCGACGGCGUCGACGCUGGAGAUGACAGCAAAGUCGCUAUUGCGCGUACAGCGCUGUCUCGCGCGCUCUCGUGCAGCACGGGCGGGGCAGCCCGUGGCAGCUGAAGAGGACGACGACGACGACGACGAACGGUUGCGGCCGUCUCUCUCGCUGGACAGCAGGAACAGAUGUCGUGCGGCUAUGCGCCGACGGACGACGUCGAGUGCCAAGCGCGUCAAGAUCGAGGGGCGGACGCCAAGAGAUCGCGGCGGAUCUCUGCUCCUCCCGGUGCUGCGUGCAGAGGUGGACGAGGCUGCGUACGAGGAUCUAGAGGUGCUGGGCACGCAGCCUUUUCGAUCGUUUCGAGGGGACGUGGCUUCAGCAAACCGAGAAGUCGUGCGCGCUGUGCUGACCAAGAACCUCAAGCUGCUCGAGAUGCUUACGACGUCAGCGCAUGUGUACGCGGAGCUGAGCACGUUUGACGCGCCGCGGAGUGCAGACGUAGCGCGGACAGCGUUGCACUACGCUAUCGAUCACGACGAUCUAGCAGCUGCAGUGCUGUUACAUAGGACAAAGACGAUCGACGCACAGAAACUUGCUGCUGCUCCCGAGGUGGCGCUACCAUCGCACUCGACUGGACGGCACACGAGUCAAUAUAGCGCCUACGAUCGGCGUGCGGUCAAUGCUAGUCGUGGAGGAAAAGAAGGAAAUAACGCGCUGCUUGGUGAUUGCACUAGCGAUCGGACACCGUCACUCGACUAUCUUUGGCGCAGUCCGGAUACAAGUGUUGAGAUGUUUACACUGAUGUAUCCAGUGGGGGAUUGGACAAAGGGCUAUGACAUGGGAGCAAAAGUUUGCCAAGCUGCACGCUGUGGUAACUUUCGGUUGGUACGCAAAGUUGUCGAGACGUUGGAGAAAAACGGUGGAUGGGGAUUCAACGAGCUGCACUACAGAGUCCUUGCCGAUUGUACUGCUAACAACCAUGGUGGACACGCGUCUCUGUUGCCUCCAUUUCGUGCUGUGUCAGCACUAAAGCAGGCAAGCCAAACGCGGCUUCGCCCUCUGCACUUGGCGUGUAUAAACCCCAACUCAAAGUUCCUUGCGGCGCUUUGGGUUGUGGUAGGAGACGAAUUCGGGGCGGUCAAGGAUGACCAGGGCUACGAGCCCAUUCAUUAUGCGGCAGUAUGCGAGUUUGCUGCCCCUAUGGAGUUUUUGUUGGAGCGACGCUGCAAUAGUCUUGGUCGAACCAAAACACGAUUGACACCGCUGAUGUGCGCACUUGAGGCGGGACGAGAGGAGACAGCCAUUGCAUUACUCAAGUUUGCUGUCAGGCUGAGAGAGAGUGGUGGCGAAAGCCAAGAAGUCGUCGGCAAGCUUGUUCGUGAGAAAGGCCCCGGGGAGGUGAAUGCUACAAGCAACGGCACAAGCAAAGCGACCCCAUUGGUAUUGGCAGCACAGGAGGGCCACAUUGAGUGCGUUCGCGUGUUGCUUGCAAAUGGAGCUCGUGUCGAUAGUGGUGAUAAGCAAAAGAAGACACCGCUGAUACUUGCUGUGAAGAAUGGCCACACACGCGUUGCAGCAGUACUUAUCAAUGGCGGUGCAAAUGUAAACGCCUACGACUCGUCAGGAAAUAGCGUGGCUCACUACGCAGCUAGUUACGGGUGGCCCUCGUGCCUGCAGAUGUUGUGUGACGUUGGCGCUGAGCUGUGGUCUCAGAACGCAUGGGGCUUCUUGCCACUUGCGUGUGCGAUGCUCAAGCAGCGGCGGUCUUGCGCUGAGAUCAUACUAGCUCAGAUUAGUUGUGCGGCGCAUCAAGCAUCGUUGAAUUUCAGAGACCGGGAAGGUCGAACGGUGCUAUUUUCGCACUGCCAGCAUUCACAUAACCUUGAACAGCUUGGCUAUCUACUUGGAAAGGGAAUGAAUCCGAAUAUUGGCAACUCAAACGGGCAUUUGUCUACAUUUGAUACAUUACCGAAGGAUGAAGCGAAGCAAAAAGUGAUGGCCGAAGUUGAGACGGCCAUGCAUUUCAUUGCCAGACAAAAGCAAUUGGGCGAGGUGGCGAACUCGCGGAGCAAGUCAUUAGAUUGUACUGAUCAGACUACUGAAUGCCUAAUGGACGUGUUACUGGAAAAGCGUCCUGAGCUAUUUUCUUCCAGUCGUAGUCACCAAGUCAAUGCGCUGGUGAACUUUGUGGAUCUGUGCACCUACAAGACCGCGUUGCAUUACGCAGUGGAAAUGGGAAAUGAACCGACUGUACGAGUCUUAUUGGAGCACCAAGCAGACGCCAACUUGUCGCCAGUACGAUGUGCGAAUUGUAGUGAAUUUGCCGUUGCCGACGCCGUUGCUCGAGCCAAGCCGGAUACAUUUGUCAGUCGCGAUACUAAUCUUUCUUGCACAGGACACUGCGGCCUGCACACGCGUGUGGAGCCGGCGCUGUAUGAAUCUGUAAAACGCAGACACGUAAAAUGUACGCGUCUGUUACUGAAGCACGGUGCCCGCGUUGACUGUGUUGGAAGACUCUUACAUGAAUCACCGCUACAUGUAGCUUUGAAGGCCAAUGAUUGUGCUUCGGCGAGUGCGCUGCUUUCCCAUGGUGCAAGUCUACUGACACAGGACAUUUCGGGGGCUUCACCAUUGCAUCUAGCAGUUGCUGCGAAACAUUCUGUCCCAGCGAAGAAAGCCAAUGUAAGCGAAGUCGCGUACUCGACGGUCAGUAUCGCCCAGCUUUUGCCAGCUGGUCGUCCAGUUCCAGCAAAAGCAGCUCAGUUUUCCGUAACAUUGUCGACCGAUGCCAAUCAGCCGCAUAAACAGCAAGCUCCUACGGAGACGUCGGCUAUUUUGAUUGCGUUAAACAAUGCAAACGCUCACAAAGCCGUUGUUCUUGGUGACUCGAAGAACAGAUCUAUUGUGCAUUAUGCAGCACGCAAUCGCGACCUUGAUUUGUUACGAGAGCUUCUUCGAACAGCGGGUGAGAGUGGCGUACGUGACGCUGUGAAUCAGCGAGAUUACCUAGGCCGGACACCUUUACAUUAUGCUGUGAACGCCGCUGCCAUGAGUGCUGAUGCAUCGUUUGCAGUAGAGCGUUUUCUUUUGCAGAGUGGUGCCAUCUCUAGCACUCAAGAUUGCUUUGGGUUCGGAGUUCUGCAUUUUGCGCUGGUUAAGGUGCAGCUCGACUGGCAAGAGAAGCACGAAAAAAUGCACAAGCUAUUGCGCGACCAGAAGGAUCGUGUAGGACACUCAUUUGGCGCAGAGAAACAUGAGGUUGAAAAAGCUUUCCUUGUUGAGCACCUGUCCGUCAUUCCAGACAGAGAAACCGACCCGGUCGAAACCGUGUCCAAUCUAGUAGCGGAAUGCAACCUCGAUAUCAUGGCGCAAGAUAUACUGGGACGCUCUCCGCUGCACCUGUCAGCGGCCACAGGAGCGUUUGUUUGUGUGUCGACGCUUCUCACUUUCCUCGGAAAUGCAAGCAAGCAGAAGGCGUGUAUGGCUCAACAAGACCACGAUGGGUUCACGCCACUUGGCCAGGCUAUCUUGCACAAGCGGCAGACAACCAUUAUGACUUUGUUGCGCAGUGGAUCUACCGUCGGUGGGACGAUACGCAUCGCUCGCCAACCUGUCAUUUUUCGCGAUGGCUUUGCUUCGUGUCCAUUGGCAUCAUCUUUCAAAGGCGAAUCAAUGGUAAAGACACGAAGUUACUUUCAUCACGCAGUGCGUAACGGACUUACUGGCGUUUGCCACAUGUUGUUGAGUGCAAAUUUCUGUCGGCGCCAAGCUAUCGAGGAUUCGGUGCGUUGCAGCCAAUUCCAGCUUGCAAAUAAGUUGCUGGAAGCAUUGGUAUCGGGGUCUGAACAUGGUUCAGAGCUCUUAAGGCGUCCUAACUCACGAGGUGAGACAUUGCUACAUUCUUUGGCCAAGACAAAGCAAACUGUGUUUUGCACCCUUGCAAAGAAGUUAGCGUGGGCGCUGUUGGGUGCGGGUGUUCGUGUUGAUGAUCGCGAUAAGAUGGGCAACAUCGCUAUGCACUACGCAGCCAAGCGGGGAAAUACGCAUUUGAUGGAUUUCCUUCGUCACCACAGCGUUGGAGCAAAUACUGAGAACGUGAAGAAUCGGGCCGGAGAGAUUCCACUUGUGUACGCCUUCAAGCAAAAGAGUACUAGUGGCAGCUCCAGUGAUGACCAAUUGUUUGCUGUCUUGUGUUACUUUUUGGAACAUCCUUUGCUCGCACUGGACAUUAACCACGCUGACGAUUGUGGCGUAAAUGUGAUCAGUGCCUUCUUGGAUCGCUUUACAGAGAGCCUUGCUGUAGCAAAACCUGUACUAUACUUUACUAUGCUUGAAACUCUACUUGCGCGAGGUGCCGACCCGAACCAACGAUUUCACGUUGCACACGCGACAGCACUCGAGCAAUGGAACGAUUCCUGUGGAGAGCUGUAUGAAGGUAGUGAUCGGCUGCUGCGGUCAGGUCGUAAGCUCCGCGAGACUACGACUUUGGCCAAAGGAGGCAUGGGAACGCUGCCACCUCUUAUACGUGUAGCAUUGACACCUGAUGCGUCCAUACGUUUUCACGCGCUGGCACUCCUACUUCGCUACGGCGCCAAAUUGUCAACAUGUGACGGGAAAGGAAACACGGUGCUCAUGCAUUUAGUCGCGCGUAAUCUUGUUGCUGAGACGCGUCUCGUGCUCGGGCUUGUUCGGUCCGUGCCUGAUCCCAAAGAUAUGUUUGCACUCGCCCCCGUGACACGCAUGUGCUCACUCCAUAUUCCAGAAGCCAUCGUGAAAGAAGUGCUUGGUCAGCGCAACGCGAAUGGACUAACUGCUUGUCACAUUGCUGUGCAGCCACUUGAUUAUGGAUCUUAUGAGAACACGAGCUCAUUGGCAAUGCUGAUUCGUGCAGGUGGUGACUUGCAUGCUAAGGAUAGCUCGGGACAAGACGCUAUCGACUACACGAGGAGCCAGCGCUCGUGCUUUAUUUCUCGAUUUCUUCAACGAACAUAUCCCGAAGUCGUCUCGAUGACGCAAGCCAGAAAAAUCGAAAUUGCUACCGAUUUCGCCGCUGCUCUGCCGUAUGUGGACGACGCUAAUGCGUAUCUGGCUGGUUGCAAGUUGUCGGGCAAGAUAAAACAGUCACAUAUACUUGCCAAGGUGAACGCGAACUGCAAUGUCGGCAAAGAAAGCAAAGUAUGUCGUGAGGGUGAGGGCAGAGGAAUUGCACUGGACGCAUUAUUGACAAAGGUAGACGUGAGGAGUGGGCGUUUUGGAUCGAAUGUUUUUUAUCGUCUGCAGCUAGUCCACGAUGAGCUACAAACGAUCUUCGUGCUCUUCACAAACUGGGGCCGGAUUGGUGAGACUGGCAAAUUUCAGAACACACCUUUUCGGGAUGAAGCAGAAGCCAGGAGUGAAUUUAAGAAGAUAUUUCGGAGCAAGACCGGCAACACAUGGGAAUCGCGGACCGCUGGCAAUUUUGUGAAGAAGCCGAAAAAGUACAAUCUCAUCGAGCGUGUGAAUUAUUCUGCGAAGGUGGACGACGAGGUGACUAGAUCAUUUCGAGCGGACAUGGAAGACAAAGGUCGCAAAAGACCAGUAUUUGUCGAGCCGAGCGAUCCGGACUUGGUGGGUUGCCCGAGCGUGAUGACUAUGUUGGCUGCUAUUACCGACGUGCACAAUUUGCAGCUUGCAGCAGAGUCCAACUGUGGUUAUGCUGGUGGCGACUUACCGCUUGCGAAACAAGAAGAGUUGCGUUUGGCGCUGGAGAAGCUGGUCAGAAUCCGUGGUCUACUAGAAGAGAAGGAGAAGUUGAUGAAGGAGAUUGAAACUGCAAGCUGUGAUCUCAGCGACGAGGGGUUCAGCAAGCGCGCACUUCUCAUCGCUCGCCACGAAACACUGAUAGAGGACGUGAGUGAGCGGAGCAGCCGGUACUACGAAAUCAUGCCGUGUCAAGAAACUACUCUCGAGUCUUCGAUCAAAGCUUUUGACCAGGCGAGCGACGUCAACGUUGAGAUUACGCGCAUGCGGAUGUUGUCGGAUAUUGUGGAAAUCUACAAAAUGAUAUUGGGCGCAAAAAGCGCGGUGGCAGUCCGAAACCCUCUAGAGUACUGUUACCAUUCGUUGCAAGUGCGACUUGCGCCGUUGCAACCAAACGACAAUGAACGUCAACUCAUCAACCGAUAUUUCUUUGGUGGUUUGCAUAUGCGGGAUCGCCAACGGUAUUGCAUCAGCAACGUUUUUGAAGUCGAACGCCGAGGUGAAAGUGAACGCUUUGAUGAUCUCAUGAAAGAACGCCCUGAUCUGCGAGCUACUCAAACGCAUUUGCUCUGGCACGGAACAAAGCGUACGAAUUUGUUGGGUAUUUUGUCCCAAGGACUACGUGUAGCCCCGCCAGAGGCUCCGCACCACGGGUACGCAUACGGCAAAGGUCUAUACUUCGCGAAUGUAGUCGAGAAGAGCCUCGGCUACUGUGGUACGCCUUACGCACUUCCUGUCCUCAAUAAGGAAGGCAAUGUAGGUGAGAACAUGACGAAGACACAUGAGGUCCACUAUAUGCUGCUAUGCGAAGUAGCGCUGGGAAAGUCGACGGAGCUCGCCACAGCAGCAGCGUGGACAAGUUUCGACUCCAUGCAUCGUGGAAGAAUUGACAGUGUGAAAGCGCUGGCUACCCAUAUACCCGAUCCACGCUAUGAGGUGGUAUCGCCAAAGUGCGGAGCAAAGCUGCACUUAGGGCGAGUGAAAGAGGUAGGCCGUGAACUACCGUACGACCGCGCAUGGGCCAAGACAGAGCCUACACCAGUCCCAGUAGCAUGGCAUGAGCGUGACCCGAAGUUCAACUCCUUGACGCAAGAUUACUUGGCCAGGCUUGUGGCAGACAAGAGCUUCGGUACUGGUGACACACAUACGGUAAGCACAACGGGUCUCGAUCGUCAGAACUUUGUUCAGUAUGGAUACCGUGAGCGUGCGGUGAUGAUUGAGUUGGUGAGUCGUGAAAUACUCGAAGCUGAUAGGGACACAGAUGCGCCUUGUAGCGGCGCCUGGUGCCAAGCCACUCUUAAGGUGACAAUUCGGCCAAACAGCGCGAUGCCGUACAGCUACUUGGUAAGGUCAUACCGAAACGUCUUGGUUACUUCACGUUUGGCUGAAGGUUAUAAGCUGGUGGAGCCGACGCUGUCGAAGUAUGCAGAGCUUGUGGUGUACAAUGAAGCACAAGCCCGCAUCCGGUAUGUUGUCGAAGUGAGAAUGACGUGA